AGCGGCGCCGGAGAUUUCUCCCCUACAACCGCAGUGAGAGACCUGGAGGGUUGUGGGGACAGAUGGCAGACUGGUCCGGGAGAAUCUUCUGACUCCCGGGGACCAGCUAGAAGCCGCCGCGGACGCUGUGAGUAGCGGCGCGCGGCGGCCCGAACUUCCGGUUUCAGCGCGGGGUGACGUCAGCAGUGCAGGGACGGCUUCCCGCCCUGCUCUGCCCGCGCGCGCGCCAAUCUGCCUGACGCCAUCUUCUUCUGCACGGAGACAGGGGGACGCUGUGCGCUUCACACACGGAGCCUGCCAGGGGGAGAAUUUUAACAUAAUCGCAAGUAUAGAGGGGGCUGAUCAAAGGGGGGAUUACAGGCCAUAUUGGAAUCCACCUAGGGAUUAACCUAAUAAGGAGAGUCUCUGACUUGCACUCAGUCAUCCUGGAUUAGGUCCCACUCUAUCCUUAAUGUAGAUUGUUAACACAGCUCAUUAGUCAGAAGGUUUAGGGUGAUUUUAUUUUAGUGUAUACCUUCAGAAUGGAAAAAGUGACUAGUAAACCGGACAGACCUACAAAGGGAAAAACGGCCUCGGUAGUUUAUUUUUCCUGCUCUCAGUGUGGCUCAAAGCUGGCUAAAGGUAGUUCUGACGCAGGUACCUUAUGUGCUUCAUGCUCUGGUGCAUCAGUGACAGAUCAGCAGGGAGGUUCCGCAGAUCAGCCGACGCCCCCAUGGGUUAAAAACAUGGUGGACGCCAUUUCAGAUUUGCGUCAAUCUAGGGAGACUGAAUCUGCUCGGACUCAGGUGGAGCCUUUAUGGGCCCAAAAUAUGGGAAAGUGCCUCACUGAUUUAACUCAAUCUUUGAAUAAGUUUGUAAAUGCUGCCAGCAGUUCGACUGCUACUAAACGAUCGCAGCCGUUACCUGCUAUAGCAUUUCCAGGUGAGGAGGCGGACACCCUGGCAUCUCCAUUGGAGGAGGGGGAGGUAGAUCCUGAAUGGGAUGAAGUUUCGGCUUGGGAAGAUGAGGAACCUUCUACUAGUUCAGGUGUUAGAUUGUUAAUAGAAGCCAUUCGUCAGACUCUUAAUAUUCAGGACACGGUGGUAGAGGAAACUCCUUCCCCCUUCUUCAAACGACAAAAGAGACAGGUUACGGCCUUCCCUUCUUAUUCUCACUUUGCGGAUAUUUUAAAAGAACCCUGGCUUAAACCGGAUUCUCGUUUUCAGGCGCCUAAAAAGUUAAGAUUUCUAUAUCCUUUUACAGAGGAAGAUACGAAAUUUUGGGAGACGGCCCCUAAGGUAGAUGCUCCUAUUUCACAUCUAGCAAAAGCUACGGUUAUUCCGUCGGUACAGUCUGUGACCUUAAAAGACGCUACUGAUAGAAAGAUUGAAGCAUUACUAAAAUCUAUGUUUUCUUUAUCAGGUGUUUCUCUCCGUCCAGUACUGGCGAGUGCCUGGGUACUUAAGGCCGUGGAUGAAUGGCUUGCACAGGUGGUAUCGGGAAUGCAGUCGGAUGAUCCGUCGGAAGCCAUUCACGUAGCGGAACAGAUUUCGGAGGCACUCACUUAUGUGGGUGAAGCCUUGUUGGAUUCGGUUGCGCUACAGACCCGGGUUUCAGCCUUGACAGUAUCUGCAAGACGCUCUUUGUGGCUUAGAGUUUGGAAUGCUGAUUCUGACUCAAAGCAAACAUUGACGGCUGUGCCUUUUGAAGAUUCCCAAGAAGGGGCUCUUUCAGAGGAAGAGGAUAUCAGGCUAUUCGCAGACCGGCCAGUAAGCCUGCCGACAAACCUGAGGCAUGACGUCUCAGGUCCCCUGGAGGGAUCAAUGAAGGUUGGGGCCCGGUUACUUCAGUUCAGGGAAGUGUGGCUCCUAUCGAAACCGGAUCGGUGGGUAAUGGGGGUCAUUUCCAGAGGAUAUAUGUUGGAUUUCGAAGAGACGGUCCCAACCCGACUAUUCAUAACACCUCUCCCAGACGAUCCCUCCAGACGGCAAGCUCUUCUUCAGGCAAUCACAAACCUCUUACAAAAUGGAGUAAUCAUUCCGGUUCCCUCUCAUCAAAGGGGGCGGGGGUUUUACUCAGGUCUUUUUCUUGUGGACAAGCCGGAUGGUUCGUUUCGGCCCAUUCUGAAUCUGAAGGCUCUCAACCCGUAUCUCUCAACCCAAAAAUUCAAGAUGGAAUCCAUUCGCUCAAUUAUCGCCGCCAUGGAGCCAGGGGAAUAUUUGGCUUCAAUAGACAUAAAAGACGCCUACUUACAUGUCCCGAUUUGGAUAGGGCAUCAGUCUCUGCUGAGAUUUGCAAUCGGGCCGGAGCAUUUUCAGUUUCAAGCUCUUCCCUUUGGUCUUUCUACGGCUCCCCGAGUUUUUACAAAGGUCUUAGGCCAUGUAGUCGCAGUUCUUCGUUGCCAAAGGGUCAACAUCACUCCAUAUUUGGACGACCUGUUGGUCAAGGCACCGUCAGCGGAGAUUCUCACUCAGAACCUGCAGUUAACAAUGGAGACUCUACAAUCGUUCGGGUGGAUAAUCAACUUUCCAAAGUCAUCUCUACUCCCUUCUCAGAAGAUGAUUUUUCUGGGACUUUUAUUCGACACCAACAGCCAGAAGGUGUUUCUUCCUGCGGACAAGAUUCAGGAUCUGCAGUCGAGAAUCCGAACCCUGUUACACUUACCAGUAGUGUCGGUCCUCAGAUGUAUGCAGGUGUUGGGCAAAAUGGUAUCCUCCUUCGAGGCAGUUCCAUAUGCCAGAUUUCAUGCCCGUCCUCUUCAAACGCAGAUUCUCAACUGUUGGACUCGGACGGAACCACGUCUCGAAUUGCAGUUGAUCCGCUUGUCGAUAAAGACUCGUCAGUCUCUUCACUGGUGGCUUCACAGUCACAAUUUGAAAAAGGGUGCACCGUUCACAAUCUGGUCUUGGAUGAUGGUCACCACGGACGCAAGCCUCAGUGGUUGGGGGGCAGUUUUCCAGACUCAUCACUUCCAGGGACGCUGGAGCAAUCAGGAGUCAAAAUUGCAAAUCAACAUUCUGGAACUAAGGGCGAUUCGGUAUGCACUCAUUCGCAUUCAAACCAUGGUGCAGGGUCAACCAGUUCGGGUGCAGUCCGACAAUGCCACCGCAGUGGCUUACAUCAACAAACAGGGAGGAACUCGCAGUUGGUCCACAAUGAGAGAGGUCGCUCAGAUCCUCGCGUGGGCGGAACGCUGGGUUCCGGUGAUCUCCGCGAUCCACAUUCCAGGAGUCGAAAACUGGGAAGCAGACUUUUUGAGUCGUCACACGAUUCAUCCGGGGGAAUGGGAACUUCAUCAGGAAGUGUUUCUCUCUCUAGUGGAUCGAUGGGGAAUGCCAGACAUAGACCUGAUGGCGUCUCGCCUCAACGCGAAACUUCCUCACUACGGAGCAAGGACUCAGGAUCCACAGGCAAUCCUGAUCGAUGCUCUUACUGCCCCAUGGCAAUUUCAACUGGGAUAUGUGUUUCCGCCAAUCCCACUGAUUCCGCGUCUACUCCAACGCAUUCGGCGAGAGGGUCUCGCAGUGAUUCUAGUGACUCCAGAUUGGCCGCGUCGACAAUGGUACACUCUUCUGCGCAGUAUGGUAGUCGGAGAUCCCUUUCGUCUACCUCUGCGACCAGAUCUGCUUCUUCAAGGGCCUUGUCGCCACCCAGAUUUACAUCGGAUGGCUUUGACGGCUUGGCUCUUGAAUCCAAGAUUUUGAAGGCAAAAGGUCUUUCUCGAUCGGUUGUCCAGACGAUGAUUCGAGCUAGGAAACCGGUGACCUCAGGCAUUUACCAUAGAAUAUGGCGUAUUUACAUUGCAUGGUGCGAAAAACGGAGACUGACUCCGCAUUUGUUUAGACUACCUCGCCUACUCUCUUUCCUUCAGGAGGGUCUCGACAAGGGCCUAAAGCUUUCUUCACUAAAGGGUCAGGUUUCAGCUUUAUCGGUUCUUUUUCAGAAGAAACUAGCAAAUAUUCCAGAGGUUCAAACAUUCCUGCAGGGAGUACUUCGGAUUCAACCACCUUUUGUCCCUCCGGUUCCUCCCUGGGAUUUAAACUUGGUCCUUACGGCUCUUCAGACCUCUCCAUUUGAACCUUUAGAAUCAGUUGAGCUCCGUUAUCUGACACAGAAAGUUGUUUUUCUGUUGGCUAUUGCCUCAGCUAGACGAGUAUCUGAGUUGGCGGCCCUUUCUUGCAGACCCCCCUUGUUAGUGUUUCAUGAGAACCGGGUGGUUCUACGGACUAAACCUUCUUUCCUCCCAAAGGUUGUUUCAGCAUUCCAUUUAAAUCAGGACAUUGUACUUCCUGCCUUUACUCCGACAUCUUCUUCUGGUGAGGACUCUCAUUUGGCUCUUCUGGAUGUGGUUCGAGCCUUGCGUAUCUAUUUGUCUCGCACAGAGUCAUUCCGUCGCACGGAUAACUUACUGGUUUUAAUUGAUGUUCCAAAACGAGGUUGGCCGGCCUCCAAAAAUACUGUGGCCCGUUGGAUAACUUCGGCCAUAAGACAGGCUUACCUGUCUUCUCAUGUUUCGGUUCCUGACUCAAUUAGGGCUCAUUCGACUAGAGCUGUUGGAGCCUCUUGGGCUGUUCGCGGUGGUGCAUCUGUUGAGCAACUGUGCAGAGCAGCGACCUGGUCGUCAGUUCAUACUUUC